UUCGUCAACCGUGAAAAUUAAGGGGGAAGUGACCCAAGCACUAUACUAGAUUGUCGGAAGCCGAUUGCAGAAAAAUAAAGUGCGUCUUGAAUAAAACCAAAAACAAAAAGGAUGGAAGAAGUAGACAAAAUAAUUAUUCAUUCAUUGAGACAGGUUGGAUGUGAAAUACCACAGGAGCUUCAGACCAUAAGAGAAUUCACUGCUAAUCUUGUAAUUGAAGCAGCCUCAAGAUGCUUGAAUUUGAUCAAUGAAGGUGCAAAUCUUCCAACAUCUUUGCCAGGGAGUAUGUCAGCAAGAUUCAGGAUUGGAGCAGGUUUGGCUGCAGCAUGUCAGGACCUUGGGUACCCAGGAGAAAUUGGUUAUCAAACAUUUCUAUAUUCAAAUGAACAUGAACUCAGGAAAGUCAUCAUGUUUCUUAUUGAAAAACUUCCAAAAGACACAUCUGAAGUUGAAGAUGAGCCAUUAGGGGCUUCUGUGCUUCUGAACCAAAGAAUAGCUGCAGAGAUUAAAAGGCAAAUGAGCAUCACUUGGAUGCCAGCAUAUUGCACGGACAGAAAUAUAGUUUGGCAGGGCAGUAAACCAAGACUAUGGCAUUCACUGGGAACAUCUUCGCAUUUCGCACCGAACUCUGCCAUUUUGAAUGCACCUAAAGGACUUGGUGAUAUUGAGAAAAAGCUGCCUAAAGACCUGAAGUUAUAUUAUGAUAAGCAUUUGCCACUUGUGAUUGACCAAGUACCACAAGAAAGAGAUGUCGCGUUUUCAUUGCUGAGUAUGAAUACUGCGAUGAAUGUGGCAGCCGCUGAGUGGGAGAGUGAGUGGAACCAGGCAGGCCUUAGCAGCAGGCUGUCAGAACAGGAAUACAAAAAACAGAAGAAGGAAAAGCUAAUGAAGAAAAUGAAGGAAGAAAUGCAAAAGGUAGUGCAGAAAUCAGACGGAACUCCAACACCUUCCUCUCAGGAUCUGAGUGAGCUACUGGCAUCAAUGGCAGGUAGUGAUUCAAAAUCACAAGUAAAAGGUUCACGGUUUACACACGCAGAGAAGUUGCAGUUUGCCCAAGAUGAUGAAAAGAUAGUUACCGAUGCGUCACAGCAAAAGGUUAAAGAUGAAGAAGAAACCGAAGAGGAAAAGCAGCAGAAAAGGGAAGAAGAGAUCUCUUCAUUGAAAAGUCAGUUCCAAGAAAUGACGUCCCAAAUCGAAAAACUUCACCUUGAGAUUAAACAGACUCAGGCGAAUUCAAAUCAUGUGAAAGAACUCGAGCAAGCAUCAGACACAAAAAGCAAAGACCUUGAAGACUCUUAUCGUGUCAAAAAGCGAACCAUCGAUCUCCUUCCGGAUGCCGAGAACAAUAUCGUCAAACUAGAGCAACUAGUGGAAAACAGUACACAACGUUUAUUAAACUUGGCAUCACAGUGGGAAACCCACAGAGCACCUUUAAUUGUGCAGUACAGGGAGCUCAAAGCUGCGAAUGAAUCUAAAGUUUCGGAGAUCGAGCUCAAAAUUAACGAAAUAAAGAAUCUUCGUGAAAAGAUGAAAUCAGCUGCCGAUGAAGCGAAAACCAAGGAAGAUUUACACAAGCAACUGGUGGCAGAAUACGAGCGCAUGGCAAAAGAUGUGAACAGAUCGGCGUACACUAAAAGAAUCCUUGAGAUUGUUGCAAAUAUCAACAGACAAAAGAAUGACAUCAAUAAUGUGUUGAAGGAUACUCGUGCUCUUCAGAAGGACAUCAAUUUUCUCUCUGGAAAGCUCGAGAGGACAUUUACAGAAACAGACGAACUUAUCUUUAAGGAUGCAAAGAAGAACGAGUUUAGCAGGAAAGCGUACAAGUUGCUGGCCAACCUUCACGAGAACUUUGCUGAUUUGGUGAAGAGUGUUGAGGAAACGGGUUCAAUAAUGCGAGAAAUAAGAGAACUUGAAGAUCAACUGGAUAACCUGAACGAAAAAGAAAUAAAGGAAAAUUUAGAACAAAUUACAAAGGACCUCAAGGAAAUGAAACAGGAAAACUCUGUUGCUUUAAAGAAACUGAAAAGUGACGAAUAAAAAAAGAUUGAAUUAGACUGAUUUCUGUAAGAUUUGAUUUUGUAAACAUUUGAUUGAAUGUCAACAUUUUGAUUCAGGGUAAGGACCACAGUGGGCAUAAUUUUAUAUCUGGGUUUUUAGGUGGUUUUGGCCAGAACAUAAUAGUGAGAACUACUCUACCUAAGAAUUAGGCAAGCUUGCGUCGGAAAGUUUUUCGAAACGUUCUAUUGAAAUGUUGCAUCAAAACGUUUGAAGCAAAGUUACGAGACGCUGGUUUAUCACUGUCCCUGCUAAGUCACUCUCAAAUUAAUGUUUGCCGUGAUUUUUAUUCUCAAGAUUGACAAUUAAUUUACAAAAAUUUUAUAUUCGUGAACAAGAUGUAAUAGACACUUAAUAAGACUGAUGAAAAGACCAGUAAAGUAGGAAAACUAAAUGAAAGAUCUUCAAAGAUUCUGUGUUUGUUGAUGUGAAAUAUCUCCUAUACAUCAGCUUCUCGAACGACAUGUUUCGCAGCUGUCUUGAAAGAUUAAAAUUAGCUAAUUAAAAGCCUCGUUAUCAAGAAGAGAAUGUGAAGUCUCGCGGCCACCAAUGUAGCCUCGUCUCCGUCCAAAUUUCUGUGUAUGUACAAAGCUUGCCUUUAACCGUCUCUUCCGAGCGUCCAUUUAGGUUCCGGAGUGCAGAAGGUUUCUCCGCGGAUGGUUUUUAACUUUCUACAGGAUUUUGCAAGAAACAACAUCUAACUACCAAAUAUCUAAAACAAACUCAACAAACUUUGAUAUGAGGUGCCUAUCUAGAUUCUAAUUCGUACUGGGAGCCUGUGAUGUUGAUGCCCUGACGUACAAUAGAAUUU